AUGCUAAGUCGAGACUGGAGAAACUACAGCUUUGUAACAGAGUUUAUCCUCCUAGGCUUCUCCAGAAACCCUAGGACCAACUGGGUCCUGUUCUUCCUCUUCUUCUUCCUCUACGUAUGUACAGUCCUCGGCAAUGGACUCAUUGUUACCCUGAUCAGAGUAGAUGCCCGCCUCCAUACCCCCAUGUACUUCUUCCUCAGCGUUCUCUCUCUAUUGGAUCUCAGCUACGCCACCACCACGGUGCCCCAGAUGUUGGUUCAUCUAGUAAGCAAGAAUAAAACUAUCUCCUACACUGGGUGUGUGGUCCAGAUGUAUGUUUUCCUGACCUUGGGCAUCACGGAGACCUGGAUUUUUGCAGCCAUGGCCUAUGACAGAUAUGUUGCUAUCUGCUCUCCACUCCACUAUGGGGUUAAGAUGAGCCAGGCCCUGUGUACACUCCUGGUAGUCAGUUCUGCCCUUUGUGGUCUCAUCUGUGCUCUCAUCUAUACUGUCUUUGCAAUGAAUCUGCCCUACUGUGGCCCCAAUGAGAUCAACCAUUUUUUGUGUGAAAUUCCUGCUGUCUUGAAGUUGGCCUGUGCAGACACAUCUCUCAACGACCAAGUGGACUUUAUUUUGGGCUUCAUCUUGCUCUUGAUCCCAUUAGCCCUCAUCCUGGCCUCAUAUGUUCGUAUCUUCAUGGCUAUUAUGAGGAUUCGCUCCACGCAGGGUCGAGUCAAGGCUUUCUCUACCUGUGCCUCCCACAUCACUGUGGUCACCAUGUUUUGUAUUCCCUGCAUGGUCAUGUACAUGAGACCUGGCUCUGAGGCUUCGCCAGAGGAUGACAAGAAGCUGGCUCUGUUCUACAACGUCAUCUCUGCCUUUCUCAACCCCGUCAUCUACAGCCUCCGGAACAAGGAUGUGAAGAGGGCCUUCCUCAAGUUAAUCGGAAUGAGUGAAGACACUCAGUAG